GGCGUGAAUACAGUCUAUCUUGGGAUAUCCGCCACCUGCCUAGUAUUACGAGUCUACACUGUACAUUGUUCAUUGUGGAUGAGAAAUGACGGGAAAGAAAUAGUACUUGAGUGAAGUGAUGGUGUUAGCUGAAUUAGUCCAUUUUAGUGGUCGCCUCUGUAAAGUCUAUAGCAAACAUUAUGUCGGUAUUAAAAAGAGAAUGCAGCACAAGUAACGGAUCUACGCUCUAUCUACACAUGUCUCAAUGGGAUCAUAGUGCUGAGACUUUAACUAUAUCCAAUACGUCAGAAUACGAUACAGAAAAGUUUGAACUAAGACCAGACUGGGAGUUGAAGUAUGAACUGCAGUAUGGCCCGAAUGUGUCAUGUACCACAAUGGUCGUCGAUCUCCCCAAGGACAUGAGGUUCAAUGAAGACAUUGUGAUCUCAGUGGUGGCCUACACCUGCAUGUUCCUGGUAUCCCUGGUGGGAAAUGCCAUGGUAUUCACCACCCUGUGGAGCAGUAGGCGCUCCAGGGUAAAUAUGUGUAUACUUCACCUCUCUGUUGCAGACCUAUUCAUAGCCUGUGUAUUCCUACCUCUAGAGACUUCCUGGCAUAUCACUGUGUCGUGGCGAGCAGGAGAUUUGGCCUGUAGGAUCUGCAUGUUGUUUCGAGCUUUCGGCUUCUAUUUAUCUUCCCAUAUUACGAUGGUCAUUGCCAUUGACCGCUGCAUGUCCAUUGUCCAGCCUUUAAUGAUGAAUGGUGCCUUUAGACGAUGCAGAAUUCUUUUGCUGAUUGCUUACCUUCUCAGUUUCAUCUUCAGUUUACCACAGAGCAUCAUCUUUCACGUGGAACAGCAUCCAUUGUUUCCCUGGUUCUCCCAGUGCGUUACGUUCAACUUCUUCCGGAGUGAAAGCGAAGAGCUGGCCUACGACAUCUUCAACUGUGUGGCUGUGUACGCCCUGCCUCUAGUGGUCAUCGCCACUGCAUACACUUUGAUUUUACUGAAGCUGUCUAGACAACAAAAUAAACACGUGAAAGGGACAUCAUUAUCAAAAAGAAAGUUUUGGAGGAAGAAAAGUUCAAGUAGUUUAACUCCAACUAUGACACUUCUGCACCAAGAAGAAACCAACAUUGGAGCCGUCAUCAGAUGCUCUACCACCCAAACAUUAUCAAAAGCCAAGAUGACUGCUCUCAAGCUGACCUCUUGCAUUGUUGCAGCGUUUCUUAUUUGCUGGGCGCCAUACUUCUCUGUUAUUCUAUAUCAUUGGAUGACAAAAGACACAGAGAAACAGUUGGACACUCGGACACAGAGAAUUUUGUUUAUCUUUGCAGUCUCCAACUCUUGCUUUGAUCCAAUCAUUUAUGGUAUGUUCACAACAACAUUUAGAAAAAGGUUCAGCACAUGGAAAUAUGAACUUAUUCAAAAGUUUUGUGGUUCCAUAUAAACACCAGUAAAAAAACGUUCUGCUUUUGAAGCUACACUAAAAAGUCACUAACGUAGAGGCAGUAAUGAAAAUAGCGCUCUAGUGAAGAGAGACUUCAAAGCACACUAACACCUCUCCACAGAAGAAAUGUGUAGAUAUUUAUGCCUGAGAACAUUGGCAGUAUAAGCCUACCCCCUUUUAUCUUCUUUUUUUUUUACUUUGCAUAAUGUUUAUAAAGGUUUUUUUUUUUCAAAUUAUAAUAUAGCCCUAUAUUUUUUUUAGUGUAGAAUUAUCUUAUGUAUCUGUUUUAUAAAAAAGAAGCCUUUUGUAGAUAAGUGACUUAGACAUUUGACUGUACAGAGUUAAAUUUUCAUAAUUUUAAUGAUGUGAAACUUUAUACGAUAAAUAAUAAAAAUUGUUUUUAUGUAAUUUUAUUGGAA